AAAUGUAAUAAUAAUAGUUGUCAGGAAGUAUACUCGUUUAAUAUUUAAUUCACCGUAUGAAGAAUUACCCGAUAUUCCCACUAACAGCACAGAUUACUAAAUAGUUAUUACACUAAUAGUACUAAAGUACGCUACCAGUAUCUUCGUUCAAAUAUUAGCAGAAUGCCACCAGCACUGCAAAACGUGAAAAUGUUUAACGCCGGCUCGCGGUGUGAUAUUGCUCUGCUGUCGGAGAUAAACGGUGAUGAGUGCAGCGAACCUCUUAACAAUAAUACAGUAACCCAAUGUGAAAGUGAAAGUGCUUGUGACAAAAGUGAAGCAGAUUUUGACUUGGCCAAAUAUGAAGCCAUAGAUUUUAGGGCACAAAUACGAUGGCCCGAUUUAGUUGUACAGAUUUCUUUACAUUUAGUGUCAUUAUACGGCAUAUACCUAAUAGUGACAAAUCAAGUGAAAUUCUUCACAACACUGUUUGUUCUUGCAACGAUCUACACGUCUGGUUUCGGGAUCACAGCAGGAGUACACAGGCUAUGGUCACACAGAGCUUAUAAGGCGAAACUGCCUUUGAGAAUCCUACUUGCAUUUCUCUUCACUAUAACUGGUCAAAGAGACAUAUAUACUUGGGCGCUGGAUCACAGAGUACACCACAAGUAUACGGAAACGGUGGCGGACCCCCACGAUGUCCGCAGGGGGUUUUGGUUUGCACACGUCGGGUGGCUGGUACUUACGCCGCACCCGGCUGUCGAAAACAGAAGAAAAGCUCUGGCAAAGACAUCUACAGAUCUCAUAGCUGACCCCGUAGUGCGGUUACAGAAAAUAUUAUUCAUUCCACUGUUCUCAAUUCUUAAUAUCAUACUUCCAUUUUGUAUCCCGAUUUACUUCUGGGACGAAGAUUGGAUCACAAGUUUUGCAGUCAGCUUCGUGCUAAGGUUCACCAUCACACUGAACAUAGCCUUCUGUGUCAACAGUUUUGCCCACUUGUGGGGUAAUAAGCCAUACGACAGGUUUAUAAAAUCGGUGGAAAGUCAGAUCGUAAGUCUUGCAGCGUUAGGUGAAGGCUGGCACAACUACCACCACGUCUUCCCCUGGGACUACAGAACUUCUGAACUCGGCAGGAUUAAUAUUUCGACGAAUUUUAUAGACUUCUUUGCGAAAAUUGGAUGGGCAUAUGAUUUAAAAGCAGCCACAACAGAUAUGAUCAAAAUAAGAGCAGAGAGAAGUGGAGACGGUACUUUUCAAUCACAUGAAGAGCCUUAUCCUAAUCAUAAUAUUGACCACCAUUCCGAUUAAUUGUUAUUUUAUUUUGUUAAAUAUUUUUUAAUAUAUACUUUGUCUAUAUUUGUAUUACUAUUUGAGUAAGACUAAUUUAAAAAGGCUUAUUUAAAAAUACGGUUUACCUUAUUUUACAUUUAUUAGUUUUCAUUUCCCGUUUUUGAUAUUUUUUCUUUUUUAUUUUAUAAUAAAUAUUUCCAUAAGACUAGGUUUUAGUGUUAGUAUUUAAAUAAAAUAAUAAUCGCCGUACACCACGUUUUCGAAAGCUUUAAUCAACGUUUCAAUAAAAAUAAUUUGUAUAAAUAA